CCCCCGCCCAGGGCUCGGCCUGGCGCCAGUUGCGCCCGCGGCGCGUGUGCGGUGGUGCGGGGCGCCCGCGGGGCCGCGCGCUCCGGGAGGGCCUGGGUGACUCAGCCGCUGAGUCGUCGCAAACGCCGCCCAGAGGAAAUUAGGCACCGGGGUGGGGCCCGCGCCGCGGUGUCCCUGCGCUCACCCCAGCUCGGGUCGCCCGCCGGCGCGCCCAGGUCUGCGCCCGCUGCAGUGGCUUCGGCGCGGGCCUCCGGCGGGGAGAGAGUUAACUGGCGCGGCCGGGAGGAGCCCGAAGGGGAAGGAAGGAAAUUGCCGUCGUGCUCAAAGUUUUCUCCUUCCUUUCCUCCUUCCCUGCAGAGGGGAGUCCCGGGAGGCGGCGGCGCUGACUCUCCGGACCCCGGCUCCGCGCCUCUGUUCCCGGAGCUGCCGCCGCCUGCCUAGGGACAGGGACACAGCUGUCGCGCUCGGACCGCCUCCGUGGACCCCUUCUGAGAGGGCGCGCCCAGCCAUGGAGGGCGCGGAGCUGGCCGGCAAGAUCCUUUCCACCUGGCUGACGCUGGUGCUCGGCCUCAUCCUCCUGCCUUCGGCCUUCGGGGUGUCUCUGGGCAUCUCCGAGAUCUACAUGAAAAUCUUGGUGAAAACUUUAGAGUGGGCCACAAUCCGAAUUGAAAAAGGAGUCCCAAAGGAGUCGGGUCUUAAAAGCUCAGCUUCUGUCGGUAUUAUCCAAAGAGAUGAAUCACCCAUGGAAAAAGGGCUCUCUGGUCUGCGAGGAAGGGACUUUGAGCUGUCUGACGCGUUUUAUUUCUCCAAGAAGGGCUUGGAAGCCAUUGUGGAAGAUGAAGUGACCCAGAGGUUCUCCUCAGAGGAGCUGGUGUCAUGGAAUCUCCUCACAAGGACCAACAUGAAUUUCCAGUACAUCAGUCUGCGGCUCACCACGGUGUGGGUGCUGGGCGUCCUAGUGCGCUACUGUGUCCUGCUACCCCUGAGGGUUACCUUGGCUUUCAUUGGGAUCAGCUUGUUGGUUAUAGGAACCACACUGGUUGGGCAGCUGCCAGACAGCAGCCUCAAAAACUGGCUGAGUGAACUGGUCCACCUGACCUGCUGCCGCAUCUGUGUACGAGCGCUCUCCGGCUCCAUUCGUUACCACAACAAGCAGUACAGACCCCAGAAGGGGGGCAUUUGUGUUGCCAACCACACUUCCCCAAUAGAUGUCUUGAUCUUGACCACGGAUGGAUGCUAUGCCAUGGUCGGUCAGGUCCAUGGUGGAUUGAUGGGAAUUAUUCAGAGAGCUAUGGUCAAGGCUUGUCCACACGUCUGGUUUGAACGCUCAGAAAUAAAGGAUCGACACUUGGUCACUAAGAGACUGAAAGAACACAUUGCUGAUAAGAAAAAACUACCCAUAUUAAUCUUUCCUGAAGGGACUUGCAUCAACAACACUUCAGUCAUGAUGUUUAAAAAGGGAAGCUUUGAAAUUGGAGGAACCAUACAUCCAGUUGCAAUUAAGUAUAAUCCUCAGUUUGGGGAUGCAUUUUGGAACAGUAGUAAGUACAACAUGGUGAGCUACCUGCUUCGAAUGAUGACCAGCUGGGCCAUCGUCUGUGACGUGUGGUACAUGCCCCCCAUGACCAGAGAGGAAGGAGAAGACGCCGUCCAGUUUGCUAACAGGGUUAAGUCCGCCAUUGCUGUGCAAGGAGGGUUGACUGAGCUUCCCUGGGAUGGAGGGCUGAAGAGAGCAAAGGUGAAGGACACCUUCAAGGAGGAGCAGCAGAAGAAUUACAGCAAGAUGCUUGUGGGCAACGGGUCUCUCUGAAUCGGACUCAGUGCUACCCUGGUUGUCAAGUUUGGCUUCCCAGAACCAGCCCCUAGAAAUGGAAUGUUUUGGGUUUUUUUGGCG